AUCUCAAGUCAAGUCAAGUCGUUUGGAGUCAAUGCCUCGUCCGCUCCGAACCCGACAGGGACCCCACGUGGCGGCCCCGCGAUCCGAGCAAGCCAAAUGUGGUGGUGCCCCACGCUUCAACGGAGCUACUUACAGUGAUAAGUUCCGAAGCUAAUCAUCGGGAUGAGUUAUCACGUCUGCGUGUGACUCACAUAUUGAGUUGGCACUUGAGUUGAUCGAUCGAGUACAAAUACCUCUCUUCUACCCUCCUCUGUUUCAGCUCGAGGCUUCACUUCGUAUACCUCACGAUCCAGCACACCGCCUGAAGCAACCUGCCAUGUCACGCCUGAACAUCAGCUCCGGAUCUGCCUUCGAGGCCCAGAUCGGCUAUUCCAGAGCGGUCGUUACCGGAGAUUGGGUCUUCGUGAGCGGUACAACUGGCUACGACUACAAGACAGGUGCCAUCUCAUCCGAUGUCGCCGAGCAGGCUGACCAGACCCUCACCAACAUCGCCGCCGCCCUCAAGGAUGCAGGCACCUCCAUGGCUGAUGUCAUCCGCGUCAAGUACAUCCUUCCUGACCGCGAUGACUUUCCCAAGACGUGGCCCAUCCUGCAGAAGUGGUUCGGUGAUGUUCGUCCCGCCGCGACUAUGUUUCAGUCGGCCCUAAUGAAGGAUGAGAUGAAGAUUGAGAUCGAGGUGACGGCAAGGAAGGGCUGUGGCGGAAAGGGAGACGAGGGGUUGAUUGCUGCCAUCUAAGUUGAAAGUCAGAACGUAGGAUCCAAAUGCUUUGGGACAAUUACGAGGCCUAUGAACAUACACAGAAUCCAGAGUCUCCCUGUACAUCAUUAGGACCUUGUAGCGAGAUACAAUAGUAAAAGCUUGUCUGAAACUACGUAUUUUCUUGCAAAAGUACAUCGAUUUAUACAAUAGCUUUACCAAUUGCUUAAAACAAGCUCAAAAUAGAGCACCAAACACC